UCUCACGUUCUGCUCCAGCUCUCGAUCGCUUCACCAGCAUCACUGUCACAAUCUCACAUCAUCGUAUUUGUGUGCAGUUGCAAGAAGAUGCAGAGGAAGAACUGUUUCAUGCUUCAAGCUAUUUUCUUUUGGAUCAUUUGGAAUCAAAAUAUUCAUCGAUCCGAGGAGUCACAGGUCAGGGGAACCCUGGGAUCUUCUGUCACCCUCCCUUGUGACUACAAUACUGAGCAACAUGGCAUACUUACCACAUGCUGGGGCCGGGGAGACUGCUCAUGGAUUGGGUGUUCCAAUCAACUGUUUCAAGUAAAUGGGCAAAAUACAAUCCCUGCUGAAUUAAAGUCAAAAUAUAAACUGUAUGGGAACUUGCAGGAAGGAAACGUGUCUCUGACCAUCGAGCGUUUGGAUCAGGCAGACGAGGGUCGGUACUGUUGCCGUGUGGAGAUUAUAGGCCUUGGGAAUGAUAAAAUAGUAACUAUUGACCUGACCGUUGUCCCACCACUCGAGGAGUCACAAGUCAGGGGAACCCUGGGAUCUUCCGUCACCCUCCCUUGUGACUACAAUGCUGAGCAACAUGGCAUACUUACCACAUGCUGGGGCCGGGGAGACUGCUCAUGGAUUGGGUGUUCCAAUCAACUGUUUCAAGUAACGGGGCAAAAUACAAUCCCUGCUGAAUUAAAGUCAAAAUAUAAACUGUAUGGGAACUUGCAGGAAGGAAACGUGUCUCUGACCAUCGAGCGUUUGGAUCAGGCAGACGAGGGUCGGUACUGUUGCUGUGUGGAGAAUAGAGGCCUUGGGAAUGAUAAAAUAGUAACUAUUGACCUGACCGUUGUCCCACCACUCGAGGAGUCACAAGUCAGGGGAACCCUGGGAUCUUCCGUCACCCUCCCUUGUGACUACAAUGCUGAGCAACAUGGCAUACUUACCACAUGCUGGGGCCGGGGAGACUGUUCAUGGAUUGGGUGUUCCAAUCAACUGUUUCAAGUAAAUGGGCAAAAUACAAUCCCUGCUGAAUUAAAGUCAAAAUAUAAACUGUAUGGGAACUUGCAGGAAGGAAACGUGUCUCUGACCAUCGAGCGUUUGGAUCAGGCAGACGAGGGUCGGUACUGUUGCCGUGUGGAGAAUAGAGGCCUUGGGAAUGAUAAAAUAGUAACUAUUGACCUGACCGUUGUCCCACCACUCGAGAAACCUUUAGCGUGUUAUUCCAAAUAUAACAGUACUAACUCCACCGAGGAAUGUCAGUCCAAAGCUCAGUCACAGCAGGAAGACACGUUCGCGUUCUGUAACAUCAUAAGUUUGACUGGAACCUUGAAGGAAAAAGCAUGCAACAGUUCUGACACUGGUUUUUCUCUGGAGACGCUCAGUAACUUCUCGCAGCGCAUGCUGGAUGACCGAGCUCAGUGGCAGGAACUGGACGGGAAGAAGCAACAUGAAGCGUUUGACUACUUCCUCCUUGCCAUGGAAGCUGCUGUCAUUGAAGCUGGCCAGACUCUGCUCCGUGACAACAAGACACAGUGGUCAUCUGCCACCCUGGGGGUUGAGAUCGCUUCUCUGCACAGAGCCAGUGUACGUGAGGAAGACAUCACCACCCUGGGAGCCAAAGGCAACAGCAUGGCUGCGCGCACCAGCUCACUGAUUGGUGAUGGGACCUCCUUGGCUCCAGUUCUCCUCGCCUUCAUGUCAUACAGUCACCUGGAGACCAUGUUACACCCAGUGUUGCCGCAGGGUGAAAACAACAGCUCAGCACGGAUACAGUUCGGUUCGCAAGUGGUGACGGUGACCAACGGCAACGUCAGGAGGCGCCAGCUGAGUGCAGUCAUUAACAUCACCUUCCGAGGGAGGGAGGAGGGAGAUGUCGGUGGUGGGAGGAGAUUUUGUGCCAAUUGGAAAGGCAGCCACUGGUCAGAACAGGGCUGUGAAGAGAUAGGGAGCAACAAGACGCACAUCAGAUGCAGCUGUAGCUCCCUCUCCAGCUUCGCCGUGUUAAUGGCCCUGUAUGAACUGAAGAAUCCGGUGCACAAUUUCAUUCUUUGGUGGAUCACCCUGAUUGGAUUGUCCAUAUCCCUUCUCUGCCUCUUGCUGACAAUGGGAACACUCUUCUGCUUCCAAUCGAUCCGAGGCCUGAACACGACGAUCCGAGCUCACCUGAGUCUCAGCCUGUUCUUCGCUGAGCUGCUGUUCCUGAUUUCAAUGUUCGUCAAAAAACAACCGGUAUUAUGUGCAGUCAUCGCCGCCAGCUUACAUUACCUCUUCCUGGUAGCCUUUGCGUGGAUGUUCCUGGAGGCCGUGUAUCUCUGGUUCAUGGUGCUGAACCUCAAGGUGGUGAACUUUUCCCGCACUCGUGUCAUGAAGCGGAGAAUGAUGUACCCCAUGGGCUAUGUGUGUCCUGCUCUGAUCGUCAUCGUGGCGGCCACAGUAAAUCCCCGGGGUUACGGCAACAAGAACAAGUGUUGGCUGGAUCUGGAGUCAGGAUUUAUGUGGAGUUUCCUGGGACCGGUGUGUUUUGUGGUUUUGGUUAAUACAAUUCUGUUCUCAAUGAUUCUUUGGAUCCUGAGGAACAGCAUUGCUUCUCUCAACACAGAUGUUUCUACAAUUAAAGAAUCAAGGACUCGGACCUUUAAGGCCAUGGCCCAGUUCAUUCUGUUGGGCUGUUCCUGGGCCUUUGGUUUCUUCCAGCUGAAGGAGGAGACCAUCGUGAUGUCGUAUUUGUUCACCAUACUGAACGUAGCCCAGGGUGUUUUCAUCUUCCUCAUUCACUGCCUGAUGAACCCCCAGGUGAGGAGGGAAUACUGCCGGUGGUUCAACCAAACGUGCAGGCAAAAGAAAGCAGAAACGACAGAUACCAUGUCCUCUCCAGUCAUCAUUUCCCAGGUGACGGUUCUGAGAACUGUGGAUAGUAACACAACACAGGCAGACGUUCAGUGGAUGAAUAUGUACACCGAGAAAUGAGCAAACCAGAGGAUUCAGCACCAGACAAAAGGACCUUUGGUCAUUUUGUGCAAACAGAUUCAUUGAAGUUCAUGAAAAUCAAAAAACUGCAGGUGCUGGAAAUCUGAAACAAAAUUGGACAAUGCGGGAAACACUCAGCAGGUCAGGCAGCACUUGUGGAGAGAGAAACGGUUAACUUUUCAGGUUGAAGACCGUUCAGCAGAACA